GCCGGGCUCGAUUUAUCGAAGGGACGACCCGCACCUUCCUGUUUAGAACGAUUCAGGAAGAGGAGGAAGAAGAAGUAAUGGCGACGUCGUUGGGGUCCGAGUCCCCUCGGACAUGGGGUACCCGAAAGAGCCGGAAUGGGAAUAUUCUUACUAGAAUCAGACAGGCCCAGAUUACAGGACGGGGGAUGAGCCGAGGAACACAGCUCCCUGAGGCAUUGUUACAAGAAAGGGAUAAGAAAUCCAAGUGGCAUGGUAUCCCAGUUCUGCUGCAGAAAUUGUAUGAAAGCAGUCAUCCCAACAGCGACCUGUUGCAGACCCAUGGUGUACUGAAGGAAAUGUCCUCCUUGCUUUCAAUGGAAGCUAUGACAUUUGUAACGGAGGACAGGAAGACUGCUCAAGAAUCAACCUUUCCUAACACGUAUACCUUUGAUCUGUUCGGUGGAGUUCACUUGUUAGUGGAAAUCCUAAUGAGGCCGACGCUUACAACGCAGAAGAAGAAACCAAAAAUGAGUGAUGACUUUGUUAAGGAUUGUCUGAGUGUUUUGUACAACUGUUGCAUAUGUACGGAGGGAGUCACCAAAACCCUGGCUGCCAGGAGUGACUUUGUCCUGUUCCUGUUUUCGUUGAUGACGAAUAAGAAAACAUUUCUGCAAACUGCCACACUAAUAGAAGACAUUCUAGGAGUUAAAAAGGAGAUAAUCCAGCUGGAGGAUAUUCCCAACCUGCCCAGCCUGGUCCAGAGCUUUGACCAGCAGCAACUUGCCAACUUCUGCAGAAUUCUUUCUGUUACUAUCUCCGAGCCCGACAUUGGGAAUGACGACAAACACACCCUCCUAGCCAAGAAUGCUCAGCAGAAGAAGAACUCGAACCCCUCUCGGGCAGAGAUUAACCAAGUCACUCUUCUGAACAUCCCUGGGUUUAUUGAGAGACUGUGUAAGCUGGCUACACGGAAAGUGUCGGAGGCCACAGGGACAUCGAACUUCCUCCAGGAGCUGGAAGACUGGUACACUUGGCUAGACAAUGCCCUCGUGCUGGAUGCUCUCAUGCAGAUGGCCAGCGAGGAGGCUGAGCACAGCAGCACAGAAUCCUCAGAUGAGAGCACAUUGGCCACCAGCCCACUGAGGCACCGGUUACCCCAGUCUAUGAAAAUUGUCCAUGAGAUCAUGUACAAAGUGGAAGUGUUGUAUGUGUUGUGUGUCCUGCUUAUGGGGCGACAGAGAAAUCAGGUGCACAAAAUGCUGGCAGAGUUUAGGUUGAUUCCAGGCCUUAACAAUCUAUUUGAUAAACUCAUCUGGAGGAAACACACUUCAAACCAUGUUCUUCAUGGACAAAACCAGAACUGUGAUUGUAGUCCUGAAAUUUCCUUCAAAAUCCAGUUCCUGCGACUACUUCAAAGCUUUAGUGACCAUCAUGAAAACAAGUACCUGCUUUUGAACAGUCAGGAACUGAAUGAGCUCAGUGCCAUCUCCUUGAAAGCCAACAUCCCAGAGGUAGAGGCAUUGGUAAACACCGACAGGAGUUUGGUAUGUGAUGGUAAGAAAGGCCUCCUAACAAGGUUAUUAACAGUUAUGAAGAGAGAACCUGCAGACUCCUCGUUUAGGUUCUGGCAGGCAAGAGCAGUAGAGAGCUUUCUGAGAGGGGCAACAUCCUAUGCUGAUCAAAUGUUUCUGCUGAAAAGAGGAUUGUUGGAGCACAUUCUGUUCUGCAUUAUUGACAGCGGGUGCAAGUCAAGGGAUGUAUUACAGAGUUAUUUUGACCUUCUGGGAGAGCUCAUGAAGUUCAACAUUGAUGCCUUCAAGAGGUUUAACAAAUAUGUUAAUACAGAAGAGAAGUUUCAGAUCUUCUUGAAUCAGAUCAACAGUUCUUUAGUGGACUCCAACAUGCUCGUUCGGUGCAUUGUUUUAUCUCUAGACAGAUUUGAGAGCCAAACAGAAGAUGUCAAAGUUGUUGAAGUCCUUUCAGAGUGUUGCCUGUUGUCGUACAUGUCUCGAGUGGAGAACAGACUGUCUUUUCUUUUCCGGCUAAUUAAUAUCAUCAAUGUGCAGACACUCACACAGGAGAAUGUCAGCUGUUUAAACACCAGUCUUGUGAUCCUGAUGCUGGCCCGGAGGAAGGGAAAGCUCCCAUUUUACCUGAAUGCUCUGAGGGAAAAGGAAUACGCAGAGAAAUAUCCUGGUUGUCUCCUCAACAACUUCCACAACCUCCUUCGUUUUUGGCAGCAACAUUACCUCAACAAAGACAAGGACAGCACCUGUUUGGAAAAUAGUUCCUGCAUUUCUUUCAGCUAUUGGAAAGAGACAGUGUCGGUACUUCUCAGCCCUGACCGGACUUCGCUGUGUGCCAUAGCAAGCUACAUUGAUGAGGCAUACAUGGACAUUGACAGAGAUUUCAUUGAGGAUUAAUCCUGGGGGACUUCUGACAACAAUAGACUAUAAUUCAGAGUGCAUAUCCCAGCCCGUGAUUAUUCAGGGAUCCAUCAUUGUACAGUGUUUGUGUUUGAUGCUGGAAAUAUGGAAUGUUAAUUGAUCAUUGCAGGUGUGUUUUAACCCACAGCAGUUAUGGACUUUUUCUUUUUCCCCAAACAAAAGUUAACCCAGAACAAUUUAUUAUUCAGGGACAUGAAAUGAUGGUAGUUACGAUGGUGGUUUGUUUUUGACUGAAUUAAAUAGAUCUUUUUAUAUAUAUUAACAAUAUAUAAAAACUAUAUAUAAAUACAGCAAAUCUAUAAAAAAGAAAUACUUUCCAUAUAGGUAUGCCAAUGUUAAGACAUGGAUAUCUGUUAUUACCAUACAUACAAAAUGGCAUCAUCUGCAUUCAAGCAUAACCUUGAGGAAAUUUGCAGAUUUCUCUUCUAUUCAUCUGGAGAUGGAUGCUUGUGGAUGUGAAGUCUAACACAGUCAGCUCUAUCCUAUACAGCAUGAAGACGAACCUGUAUUUCAAAUCAGUUGCUGAAAGUUGGUGCCAGAGGGAAUGGGACACCCAAAUAUUUUCUUUUGUUUUUGCUUUAGUGGUAUUAUUAGCUGUUAAUCAUCAGAUGACAUUAGUGUGACAGUUACAGUUUUAGACAGGUUGGCAAAGUGUAAUCCACUGUUGAUCUUAAUUUUUUUAUUAAUGCUUAGAACACAUCUGUAAAAUUGUGAAUAGGUUAUAUCUAUGCAGGCUAAGGCAUUUCUCAUUGUAAUGUUUUAUCCCCCUUCUGAAUGAGAGUGGAAAAAGCCCUCCACCUUCUCUAGUAUAGUAACUGCUUCACUAUUCGAAGGUGUUUAUCCCAGUUUUACAUCCUAUCUCUUGGUCUUGCAAAAUUUGAUGGAUAUAGGUGACUGGAGUAUGUUCCUCCAGGAACCAGCUAAGCUGCUUUUGUUAGGAUGUUUAAAACUGCCUGGAAAUCCAUUAGCAGUUAUCUUCUCUUAAGGUCGCUACUAAUAUCAGACAAAACUUUAGUUCUUGAAUUCUCUGGUUGGCCUGAGUAACCCUCUGGAAAAACAUGGUUUGAGCUACCUCAUUUUUCAACCCAGCACCAUACGUUUGUAUAACCAUUUUCAUCCAUAGGGUUACAAUAAACUUUUUCAGCCAUGCUAAACUAUUCUGACUUUACAAGUGAGAACCUUUCUAUAUGGACACUUUAAUCUGCUUCUCCCCAUGCUUGGUAAAUUGCCUGAUGUUUUCCCCAGAAAUUCUGAUUCACAUUUGCAAGGCACAGAGUCGGAAACUGGAUUGUCCUUCGGCAAUGAAGAAAAGAGAAUUUAAAGGGUAGCUACAUUGCUGCUAUUUUUUUUUCUUUCCUGGGAAUCUGGUAACCUGGGUGUAUUUUUAAUUGCUUCCUCAAAAUAUUUUCUUUUGGGUUACAUUUUGAGCCCUCUACCCAAAUUACCCAUAAUUAUGAUAAAUAUUAAUUUGCAAAAGUUAAUUUUUUAAAAGAAAUUUGCACUUUUUCAAAGACAUAACUGAUAGGUUUGUUUUUUGUAACAUAAUGCCUAAUCAAACAUGAUUGGCUUUUGUUUUUCCAAGCCUUCUGUAUAGAUACCACUGAAUCAUCUUUCUCAUUGUGCACAGGGAACAGUGCUGCCAGUAUUCAAAUUGAAUGAUUUGCACCAAGAGGAAACAUGGUUGUUGUCAAAAUAGGUGCUCUUACAAUGUUAUAUACGUACAAUUCGUACUGGUACUUUAAAUGUGUGCAUCUGGGACAUUAACUCUUAAUUCAGGAUUUUUUUUUACAUAAGAAGAUUACACUACAGACUUCCUCAUCAUGUUUUGCAGAUGACCAGCUCUCCCUAAGUUUGUACACACUUAAUGGUUUAGUAUUUGAAGUGAAGGAUAAAAGAAUCUCAUCUGGUGUAACGGCUGUUGCAAAGAAAUAUUUUUCCAGUUCAGCAGUUGUAACUAGAUUGAUUUAAGUCUGUCUUUGGAACUAGGAAAAAAACAAUUUGUGAUAUGCAGGGUUCUAGCCAAACAGCUGCAAAAAUAACCUUUAGCCAAGAUUGAAAUUUCUUGUUUCUAUUUGCUUUGCUCUUGUGUAUCACAGCAACUUAAGUUUUACUGAUCUUUUGGCUUCACAAGGAGCACGAUUUUAAGUUUUAGUAUUUGAAAUAUACUUUUUAAUAGUAGAAUUUUAUUUAAAACGUACCAGCUCAUCAAUGGAAGUUGCAUUUGCUAAGUAUGGGAACUAAAUUUUAGAAAUUGUAAUUGUACAGGUCUAUUAAUUAAGAUAUUGAUCAGUCUAAUGUAUAUUCUGUACCAAUUAAAAUCCUAGAUAUGAACAAUAGCAGUUAUCAGCUGUCUGCUAUAGACAGGUGUGGUGCUGGUGCUAUGCUCUUUGCAGUGAAUUCUGAUUGUAUUCCUCACGUCUCUUCUCUGUGCUGUAGGUACUUUAGAGUACAUGACUGAAUUUUGGAUAACUAACCUUGCUUCGUUCCUUUUUCUUUCUUGGUUAAAAGUGGCUGCCAUAGAUGCAGACUCUGAUUUUUUUUUUUCCCCUAUUUUAAUUUUUUUUGAAUUUUUUGCUUUUCUUUGUAUAGUUUCGACUUCUGUGGAUGAUUUAGUAACUUUCAUUAUUUGUGUUGAGUAUCUCACAAAACUAGGAACAUACACCCCAUGAGUGUCUUACGCAGCAACUUGCCUCCCAGUAGUACAUUCGAAACCUAGUGUCCCCAAGAGACCUCUUCCCUGAUGUGCAGCACUCUCCCUGCCUCCACAGCUACAAUCCUCCAGUCUUUAGUUACUGCUCCUCUCCAUGUCUUCUUUUCUGUAAUGGUUGCGGUUUUCAUAAUUUAACUUUAUUGUUUGUAAAUUUAAAAAUAAAUUGUUCUCACUACUUUAAUCUA